AAAAUUGAAGUAUUCAUGAAGUAUUGAUAGGUAAUUUGAUAAAUGAUAUUGUUUCCUAUUCAAUACAGUAAACAUUAAUGAUAUAUUCUGUAUUAUUGUUCUGAGCUCACUGUUUCGGGCUACUUAGUUUUUGCGAAACCCUCAGCUGAGGCUGUUGUGUUGAUUUAUAUUGCUCGUAAAAUGUCACUACUAAAUAAAGUAAAUGCUGAUUUGCAACGAGAAAGAGAUAAUUGUACAUUUAGUGUUACUGAAUUAACAAAUUUAAUAGAUGGAGAUGCUCAAAAAACAGAAGAAAGGAAACAAAGAGAGGAGAUGGUCCUAAAAGAGGGCAUACAUUUGGAACCAGUACCUGCUGUAUAUUUAAGCCAUAAAGAAAAAUAUGAGCUUGCUGUAAAAAAAUCAUGUGCCCUGUUCAAAAUGAUAAAACGUCUUCAAGAAGAAGAAAACGCUGGAAUGGAAAAUUAUAUGGCUGUGCUUGGUGGGUCCCUUGGAUCAGCAAUUCUAGGCGAUGGCAACCCUAUAACCUUGCAUUAUGUGAUGUUCAUCCCUACAAUUAUGGGACAAGGAACUGUUGAACAACAAGCAUAUUGGAUUGGCAGGGCAUUCAAUCUAAACAUAAUUGGAACAUAUGCACAGACAGAGUUGGGACACGGCACAUUUAUCCGCGGGCUGGAGACGACGGCCACGUACGACCCAUCUACGAAGGAGUUCGUGUUGAAUAGCCCAACGCUUACCUCAUACAAGUGGUGGCCCGGGGGAUUGGCACACACAGCCAACUACUGCAUCGUCAUGGCCCAGCUGUAUACACAAGGCAAAUGCCACGGCAUCCACCCGUUCAUAGUGCAGCUACGAGACGAGGAAAGCCACAUGCCCCUGCGUGGCAUCAAGGUCGGGGAGAUUGGGGCCAAACUUGGCAUGAACGGCACCAACAACGGCUUCUUGGGCUUUGAGAAUGUCAGGAUACCAAGGGAUCACAUGCUGAUGAAGAAUUCGAAGGUUUUAGAGGAUGGUACAUACGUCAACGCGCCAAACUCCAAGCUUACUUACGGGACAAUGAUGUUUGUCCGCGUGAUGAUCGUCAAUGACAUGUGUAACUACAUCGCCAAGGCCGUCACCAUCGCCACCCGGUACUCCGCUAUUAGGAGACAGUCGAAGAUGAAGCCAGAUGAACCGGAGCCGCAGAUCAUAGACUUCCUGACGCAACGCCACAAGUUGUUCAUCGGCAUAGCGUCGGUACACGCGUUCAAAUUGAGCUCCGAGUGGAUCUGGAAUAUGUACAACAACGUCACCGCCGAGCUGGAGAGUGGCGAUCUGGAGAGACUCCCUGAGUUGCACGCAUUGUCGUGUUGCCUGAAGGCGGUGAGCACGGCGGACGCGGCCGAGUGCGUGGAGCGAUGUCGGCUGGCGUGCGGAGGACACGGGUACAUGUUGAGCUCCAACCUGCCGCUGAUGUACGGGCUGGUCACCGCCGCCUGCACCUACGAGGGAGAGAACACCGUCAUGCUGCUGCAGACUGCCAGGUAUCUGGUCAAGUCAUGGCACCAGGCCCGUCAGGACAGCGGCACGUUAACACCGACCGUGUCAUACAUCGGGCGCGUGGCCAGUGGACGUCGCAUGCCGCCAUGGGACAACACCAUCGAGGGCAUCAUAGAGGGCUUCCACGUGGUCGCCGCUGGGAAGAUUGGCGUUUGUGUGAAUCAAAUAGAAAAGCGACAAAAAGCAGGUCUAUGUUACGAGGAUGCUUGGAAUAUGACCUCCGUUCAGCUGGCGUCAGCCUCUGAGGCCCACUGCCGCGCCAUCAUACUGGCGACGUACUUCAAAGAGACGCAGAUCCGCGUGGACUCUGCUUCUCCCGCGCUCAAGCAGGUGUUGCUGCAGCUGGUUGACCUGUACGUGGUGUACUGGGCGCUGGCACGACUCGGUGACCUGCUGCGGUUUACAUCGAUAUCAGAGCGCGACGUAGAGCAGCUGCAGAGCUGGUACGAGGAUCUGCUGAACAAGCUGCGAGUCAACGCCGUGGGGCUAGUGGACGGCUUCGACAUCAGAGAUGAGAUACUUAACUCGGCGCUGGGUGCGUUUGACGGUCGAGCGUACGAGCGACUGAUGGAGGAAGCUAUGAAGAGUCCGCUGAACGCAGAGCCGGUCAACAAGUCCUUCCACGACUAUCUCAAGCCCCUGAUGCAGGGCAAGCUUUGAAUGGUCACAACAACUAUGGUACAUUUGACAUUGACAUUAGAGAAACCGUCCUUCAUAUAUGGUGCAGGUGACAUUAAGGAAUAGGGGUACUUAUAAGAAUUUCUGGGACUGAAAUUGAUAUUUUUUGUAGCUAUAAUAUAUUUUGAAUAAUAUAAUUAUGUUUUUUGAUGAAAUGAAUAUUAAAUUUUAUUUCUACAACAACACUGUGCAAUAAAAAGAAAUUAAAAGUAUUAUAUUUUCAGUUUUUGUAUUGAAUUUUGUAAUUAACUAUAUUUUAUACAUUUAGAUAGGAAUAGGCAUUCAUUUUAUGUAUGAGCUAGAGAUUAUGUUCAAUUAACUGUUAAAUAUUGAAAAUGAUAAUAAAACAAUUAAUGCAAUAAUUGUCUAAGUACAAUUUUAUUUAAUUAUAUAUUAUAAUCGUUAUACAUAAAUUGCAUUUGUAAUUAUUAGAGUGAUCGAAAAUGAUAUUAUUGAGAUUAAAUGGUGGUGGCUCAAAUACCAACAACAAGCAAACAUUCCGUACAGAGAUUUAGUUUCUUAGUAUUAAGUAAUUAGUAUCAUGUACUAGCAAUUGAUGAGAUUUGUAUUUUUUUAUAAUUAUAAUGAAAUAAAAUUUUAUAUUUUGA